CCGUGGACAACUGUGCGGUAGUAAUCACAGUCGCUUCGAACAGUCAACGACACUCGCGAGGUCCGCAGGUGGACACAACAGAUUACAAUGAUACGUUUAUCGGCUAUGUACCCAUUAAUCUUUCUGCUGGCUGGAGCUAACGCUGGAGCCGGUAUUGGCGAGGCUUGGCAAGUUACGCCGCAAAUGAAAUCCGUCUACAUGGAUCGUCCGUUUCGGCCACGAUUGGAAUCUUCAGCACUCGACGUUCGCACUGUAAGCGGAGUAGGCCGUUUGGUUCCAUUUGAUGAAUCGAAAAACAGUCAAAAGCGUCCGGAGCUUACUACAUCGAGUUUCGUGGAACCGAAUGCUCUUUCAAAUAUCGAAAAAGCUCGCGAGAACAGAAACCUCGAACAUUUCCGAAAACUCUUAGAAGAUUCGUCUUACGGUGAUGGCGAGACCGAAGAGGAUAUCGAAAACGACACUGCACCUAUUCGAAAGGCGCUCAAGAAGGCACUUAUGAUGAGAAUUCUCCGCGCGGACAAAGAGGAUGAUGACGAUGACGAGGAAGAAAUUGUGAAUGAGACGACAGGAAUCGUGCAACGUAUUCGCAGACAGACGGACAACGAGACGAGCAUGGAGAAGAUUUCAACGACGAAGAGCGUGCGGGAGGCUCGUCUGAAUUCCCCUGAGACAUGGUCGAGUUCGGUGCAGCCGAUCUCAGUAGAGUUUCGUCAUCGUAUACCCUUGCACCAAGUGAUCCAGCAGCAACAAGAGGAAGAGGAGGCCGCGCUAUCCAACAAUUACCGAAGACAUCAGGCGCCGCGGGCGGAUUUCGUGACCGGACAGCAUCAUCGACGCAGCUACCCGGAGUACCGCGAGUCCAGGGAUAUGCCGGUUACCAAAAACUAUUACGACGACUACGAGCAAACGUCCUGGUACAGAAAUGCGAUACGCGAGCGGGAUUAUGAGUAUCCAUCGUACCGUCGAGGAUACAGCUAUCAGUAUCCGGAUCGCUACCGGAUGGAGAGAGACUACUACAUGCGCCUGCCCAACGAUCAGUACUAUUACGAUCGCUACGAUCGUUACAGGGAGGACGACUUGGAUCUUUACGGCAGAAGCCGAUCUACGCCGAAACCCAGGCGCAUCAUUUACUACGCUACUCUGCCGGAAAUCACGAGGAAACCGGUGGACCUGAGAAACUAUCCACGACCCUACGAUACCGCGGGAACAGUCAGAGCGCCCGUCACGCGGGACGACAAUUACAAGCGCGUGCCCGGUAAUGUCGAUCCUAGUCGAUACCGCUAUAACAAACAGUCGUAUGGCAGCUAUGAUCCCUACGCGAAGCGAUCGAGCUACUACGGAUACAACGAUCGCCCGUACGGAUACAACGAGGGCGAUUUGCGGCGGGUCAGAGUGUCGACGAAAGAGAGUCUGAAGAACGACGGAUUUGGCGCGAGUAGCGAGCGGAAGGUGAGCAAUUUAAUCACGAUCAGGGACGAUGACGGUAAGCUGCCUUGGCCAGUGCAGAUCGGCACCGAGGUCAACAUCAAGGAAGAUGAAAGGAUUCCCGGCCGGAAGAUCUUCGGCGACUCGAAUGGUGGCUACGACAGAUUCCAGAGCGCACAACUACAGAAAGCGCCAGACGCCACGGGAUCCAGCGAACUCCAGAGCAAUAAUUAAUACAUUUAGCGCCAUAUAUGUCCAUUUAUACAUAUAAAAAAAAGUAAAACUUUAGUUUGCUUCGAGGAACUAAAUAACCGAUGGUUCCAAUGUCAUCAA